UCCGGGAGGGCCGGUUCCCGCGCCGGCCCCCACGGAAGCGCCUGCUGAGAGUGCCCGCAUGGAGCCAGAACCGCACUCCUUGGAGGCCGUCCCUACAGCGGCCGCGCUCUUCGCUUGGGGUGCAAAUAGCUAUGGGCAACUUGGCCUUGGCCACAAGGAAGAUGUGCUUUCUGCCCAGCAACUGAGUGACUUCUGUAAAUCUGGUUGUAUCAAGCAGAUCACAGGAGGAGGGGGACACUCUGCUGUUGUCACAGAUGAAGGAAGCCUUUUUGUGUGUGGCCUCAACAAAGAUGGGCAGCUGGGGCUGGGUCACACAGAGGAGGUCCUGUAUUUUACCCCCUGCAAAUCGCUCCUUGGCUGUGCCAUCCAGCAGGUGGCCUGUGGCUGGGACUUUACUAUUAUACUUACAGAAAAUGGUCAAGUUCUAUCAUGUGGAUCCAACUCCUUUGGCCAGCUGGGAGUUCCUCAUGGGCCUCAAAGAUGUGUGAUCCCCCAGGCCAUCGAGCUCCUGAGAGAGAAGGUUGUUAGUAUUGCUGCUGGACUGAGGCAUGCUUUAGCUGCAACAGCUAGUGGCACUGUGUUCCAGUGGGGAACUGGUUUGGCAUCAUCUGGACGGCGACUGUGUCCUGGGCAGACUCUCCCACUGUUUCUGACAGCAAAGGAACCCAGCACAGUGACAGGCCUAGAGAAUUCUCAAGCAGUAUGUGUUCUUGCUGGCUCUGAUCACUCAGCUUCACUGACAGAUGCAGGAGAGCUGUAUGUUUGGGGAAGCAACAAACACGGGCAACUGGCUUCCCAGGCUGCUUUCCUCCUCCUGCCCCAGAGAAUAGAAGCACAUUGUUUCCAGAAUGAAAAGAUCGCUGCUGUCUGGAGUGGGUGGACACACCUGGUUGCUCAGACAGUAACCGGCAAGGUGUUCACCUGGGGCCGAGCGGACUACGGGCAGCUGGGGAGGACAGUGGAGACUCGUGAAGGCUGGCAGUCAGAGAAGCGGGAUCCAUCCCUCCCUGGCUCCGGGCCACAGAAGGGCACACCUUCGUGUCUGCCUUGCUUAACGGGAGCAACCGAGAUCUCCUGUGGCUCAGAGCAUAAUCUGGCGGUGAUUCAGAGCUCCCCUCAUGAGACCGUGAACCUCUCAGGAGCAGGGGCCACAUCUUGCCCACCUCUGUAUCCCUGGAGUUCAGCACAGUUCCUGGCACACGGAAUGUGCUGAGUGAGCAGAAGAAGGAAAUGACCGAGUUUUCAUGGCUUCGCUACCAUUUGUGCACAUCCAAGUAGUUUUCAUAAUUUUUCCUAUAAGACUCAGUCAUAUACAUCUUCUGAUUUGAUAAGAACAGAGAUUUCAGAAACUCACAAAAAUGGAUGUGAAUCUUAGUUCCACCACUUACUGUAUAGUAAUUUAUUCCAAGUCAUGUAAUCUCUUUAAACUCCAGAUUCCUUGAUUGUACAAUAAGAAUAAUGGCACCUGUUGCUACAGAUAAUUGUAAUGAUUAACUUACUAUUAAUACAUGAGAAUAUACAUGUGAAAGUGCUUGACAUUCUCAAAUA